AUGGAAAGCACAAAUGCAAACUUUUCGUUUGAUAUGCUUGAUAUGAUUGAUAACUGUGACUCUGUAAAGCCAGAAGAUAAAUCAGAAGGAAAAAAUGAUACAAAAGAAAAUAUAAUUGAAAUAAAUAUAAAUAAAAAAAAAACAGAAGUAUUUCAUAAUAAUACAACUAUUAUUGAUGGCAUUAAAAAAUCAAGAAGGAAAAAAAAUAAAACUAAUUUUAAGAUUUUUCCAGAAGUAAGUGAUGCAAAACAUGAAGUGAUAUAUGAGUCAAAAGAAAAUCACAAUAAUAAUCUGAUUAAAACAAAGGUUAAUAGUAAUGAAAAUAAAUUCAAGAGAAGACAAAAAAAAAAUAAAAUAGUAGAGAAGGUUUUAAAUAGAAAAAUAUUAAAAAAUAGCAAUUUAAAUAUUUUUUCAAAUGAAGAAAAGUUGAACAAUGAAAUAAUAAAUCAAAAUGUAUCUAAUGAAAAUAGUUUAAAUACCCAUUUUUAUAAAAAUAUAACAUCAAAUUGCAAAAUACAAAAUAAUAAAGAUGAUUUAGGUACAUAUGAAUUUGAAAAUUGUAAAAAUAAUAAUAAUAAUAAUAAUAAUAAUAAUAAUAAUAAUAAUAAUGCAAGUUUAAAUGAAAUAGAUAAGGUGGAUAAAGAUAUAUUUUCAAAAUCUUAUGAAUGUGAUAACUGUAAAAAUUACUUGAAAGAAUUAAGCUGUAAAAAUUACAUGAAUUUUUCCAUCUAUGGAGAAUACAUAAAUGAUGGAGAAAAUAAUAUGCUUUUAUUAAAAAACAAAAAAAUUGAAGAAUUAGAAAAUAAAAACAAAUUAAUGCUAAAUAAAAUAGAAAGUUUAAGAAGAAAAAACUCAUUUUUAAGUGAUAAGAUAAAAAAAUUUAGCACAAGCUUAACUGAUAUAAAUUUAAAUUUUAAUAAGUUAAUUAAAGAAAAUAACUUACUGAAAGAAAUCAAUACAAAUUUAAGUGAGGCACUAGAAAAAGAGAAAUCUUAUAAUCUUCAAAGACAAAAAGAAAAUACUUGUAAAGAAUUAACUUAUUGUGAUAAAUCGGUAGAAGAGGAAUUUGAAGAUUCAAUAGAUAAGGAAAUUUUUAAUGAACAUUAUUAA